AUGGCUUGUAUUAAUAGUUCAUUAUCUUCGAUGAUCUUUGUAACUGAUUUUCCAUCGUAUGGUCUUAUUGGCUCUGCUUCAAUUGGCCUCAUAGUCUUUCUUGCAUAUAUGAUUGCUUUCAUACGAAAUCAUCAUUCAUCAUCGUUGAAUGCUUACAUAUAUUUUUCACAAUUAUCACUUUUUCUAUUACUACUUUCUCCAAUAACAUUUCUUUUUCGACCAUCGGCUUCAACUAAUAUUGUAUGUCCUACACAAACAUUAGCGUUACAAAUUUUACCCUUUUGCCUUCUACUUGGUUACAAUGUGCAUUUUGCUUACGAAUGGUUAAUGAAAUUAGCAAACCCAAUAAGAAAAUCUUGUCUUGUUGCAAUAAGUUCAUUUUUAAUUUUUUUUCUUGCUAUACUAAUUCAAACAGCUAUUCUACUUGUUUGGUUUUAUUACAACAGCUAUCAAGAAAAUAGCGAACCAUGUUCCGAUGAAUGUCAUCGGCCCUUAUUUCUCUGUUCAUUAUCGUUUAAUUUUACUCUUUUAUUUCUUUAUUCAUUUCAAUCAAGUAUAAGAUAUCAUAUGAAAAAUAGACAAAGCGAUUUCAUUUAUCUACUAUCAAGCCUUUUAGCAUUAGGUGUUACUAUUAUUUGGAUUUGUUUAUAUUUAUUUAUUCCAUUAAAAUUAUCGUAUACAUUCUAUAUGAAUACAAAUUAUAUAUUGGCUUAUGGAACAAUAUUUUUUGUUUAUGCAUUCAUUGGACCAUUUCUUUACGAGCAACUAUUUUAUCAUAGUCGAACAACAAAUAUAAAUACGAAAGAUCAUUUAAAUAAUAUUAAUAAAAUGACAUUUAAAUGUCUGUCAUUGACAAAAGAGCAACAACGGGCAUUCAUGGCUGCGUAUGUUAAACGUAAUUUGACAGUUUCAUGUGAAAAUCUCACAACGAAAAUUGAUUCUUCACUUCAACGAACGAAUCAAACGCGCCAUUCAACGUUAAGCGUUGAAAGUUUAUGCCCGACAUUAAUCAGCACUGUUUCAUACGAAUCACCGCGACCAACAUUAUUAAACAUAACAAAAAAUGACGCAUCAAAUUGUGUAACAAUACCAAAUGGUUAUUUAGUUCUAUCGAAUUCACCUAAAAUGAGUUAA